AUGGCUCCCUCAGGUCUUCGGCAGUGCAUACACGAUGUCAGCCCCUACCUGAUUGUCCUGAUUCUUGUCUCGACCUUGGGACCCCUGCAGUUCGGCUUCCAUCUUGCCGAACUGAAUGCGCCGCAAGAUGUCCUCACCUGCCGCAAGAAGUCCAUCGCGGCCAAGGGAGUCAUUGUGGAAUGGAUACACACCAAAUCCCCCCCCGAAACCCAUAGCUGGCUUCCCGACUGUAUCCCCAUGACUGACGCCGUUUUCGCGACCGUCUCCUCCAUCUUCACCGUCGGCGGCCUUGUUGGCGCCCUCUGCGCCGGGCCCUUCUCUUCGAAGCGCGGCCGACGCCCUGCCAUGAGGGUCACCGCCAUCUUCUUCGUCAUCGGCGCCGUCAUCGAGACGAUCGCCGGAGCGCCCCCCGUUCUGGCCAUCGGCCGAUUCUUCACCGGUGCCGCCGGCGGUGCGUCGACCGUCAUCGUCCCCCUGUACAUCAGCGAGAUCGCACCGCCCAAGGAGCGCGGUCUGUUCGGCGCCAUGACCCAGGUUUCGAUCAACGUUGGCAUCCUGAUCGUCCAGACAUUGGGGUUCUUUUUGAGCUACGGAAAGGCAUGGCGGUGGAUCCUGGCCGCGGGUGUCUUCGUUGCCUUGGCCCAAGCCUUCGGCUUGCUGCUGAUUCCCGAGAGCCCCGCCUGGCUCGCUGCCAACGGCGAUGUCCCGCAAGCCCGCCGCACCCUGCAGCGGAUCCGCGGCAAGAACUUUGACAUCCGCGAAGAGGUCGAGAGCUGGGACGGCGAGGUGAACGCCGAGCAAGAGGGUCUUCUGGCCCAGGCCGAAAGCGUCCCGCCCGUGUCUCCUGGUCUCUCGAAGCACAGCUCUCCCGUCCAUCUCGGCUUUUUCCAAGUUGUAAAGGACCCGCUGACCCGCCCUGCCAUCGCCGCCGUCGUCGGCAUCAUGUUUGCGCAGCAGCUGUGUGGCAUCAACUCCAUCAUCAUGUACUCCGUGUCUUUGUUGACCGACGUGCUCCCCGUGAGCUCGGCCCUGCUGACGAUCCUGAUCUCCGUGGUCAACCUAAUCACCACCGCGGCAUGCUCUCCGCUGCCAGACAAGCUCGGUCGAAAGAGGUGCAUCCUCAUCUCCAUCAUCGGACAGGGUACCAGUUCGCUCGUCCUAGCCCUCUCCAUCCAGUUCGGAGUCAAGAUCCUGUCGGCCGUGUCGGUUGUGACCUUCGUGGCAUUCUUCGCGGUUGGCCUGGGGCCGGUCCCUUUCAUUCUCGCCUCGGAACUGGUGGGACAGGAAGCCGUUGGCGCCACUCAGUCUUGGUCUCUGGGAUCCAACUACGUCGCAACGUUCCUCGUUGCCCAGUUCUUCCCCAUCAUCAACAAGUCGCUCAACCAGUGGCUUGGAGGUGCCGGCUGGGUAUACUUCCUCUUCGCUGGGUUUGCCCUGCUGUUUGCCCUCUUUGUUUCCGUCAAGGUUCCUGAGACAAAGGGCAAGAAGGAUGCCGAUGAGGUCUGGGGCCGAACUCGACGACUUGAUUAA